AUGCUGGAAGGCAGUUCCCAAACGUUCCUGGGGGAUUCCACCCCCGGAUCCCUGCUAUCGUCAAACCCGAACACAGCAUUCCAGUCCCCCAAGCUACAGCCCUUUUGUGGCGACGUCGAGGGCUGGGGCCCGAUCAGUCAGUUCAGAUUCGAUUUGACACCAUGCUUUCUAGAUGCCGGAGUGGCUGUCGUUGCAGCAUGGGGUCUGCUUAUGGGUACGGGUGCUGUGUGGUACUUGCUUAAAAAGCGAAUCCCUCAGCCCGUGUCGAAGAACUGGCAUUUCUAUGCCAAGCUGGCCGUCUUGUCCGCCUUGAUCUUUGCUACUGCCCUACAGGCAGCCAUCCAGGUCGAAACUUACCCGGAUAACUGGUUCGCCGACUUUCAAUUUUGGAGCUCAGCUCUUGUGCUUGCUUCCCUCGGUGUCAUCUUUGCAGUGCAGUACUAUGAACACUGGCGCAGUCGGCAGCCCAAUGGUGUCGUCUUGUUCUACUGGCUCUUCUUCACCAUCGCCUACGGAAUCAAAUUGCGGUCGCUUGUGGCACGGAAGGCAUACGAGGAUCAGCUUCCAUACUUCGUUACUUUCUCUGUGAGCCUGGGGCUGGCACUAUUGGAAUUCGCUCUAGAGUACUUAGUUCCCAAGAAACAGAGCGCCUACGAUGCGCUGGGCGACGAGGAUGAAUGCCCUUAUGAAUAUGCAGAUAUAUUCUCGGUCCUUACUUUCAGCUGGAUGACCCCGAUGAUGAAAUUUGGCUACAAAAACUUUUUGACCCAAGAUGAUCUCUGGAACCUUCGCCGUCGCGAUACAACCGGCGUGACUGGGACGACACUGAGGGAGAAUUGGGAAUAUGAGCUGAAAAAGAACAAGCCUUCUCUGUCUUUGGCUUUGAUCAAAUCAUUUGGAGGCUCUUUUCUGCGUGGUGGAAUGAUCAAAUGUGGAAGCGACACGCUGGCCUUCGUCCAGCCCCAGCUUCUGCGUCUGCUGAUCAACUUUAUCAAUUCCUAUCGUACCAACGAGCCUCAACCAGUCAUUAGGGGUGUGGCCAUAGCCCUCGCCAUGUUUCUGGUCUCCGUGUCGCAGACCAUGUGUCUUCACCAAUACUUCCAAAGGGCUUUUGACACCGGUAUGCGCGUCAAGUCUGCUCUGACUGGCCUGAUUUACGCGAAGUCACUGAGACUCUCAAGCGAGGGCCGCUCAACGAAGACAACGGGUGACAUUGUCAAUCAUAUGGCUGUCGAUCAGCAGCGUUUGUCCGAUCUGACCCAGUUCGGUGUUCAGCUGUGGUCCGCGCCGUUCCAGAUCACCCUCUGCAUGCUCUCUCUCUACCAGCUUGUCGGAUACAGCAUGUUCGCGGGAAUCGGUGUGAUGCUACUCAUGAUUCCGUUGAACGGCGUGAUAGCUCGGAUGAUGAAGAAGCUACAGCUUGUUCAGAUGAAAAACAAGGAUUCACGAUCAAGGCUGAUGACCGAGAUCUUGAACAACAUCAAGAGUAUCAAGCUUUAUGCAUGGAAUACGGCCUUCAUGAACAAGCUCAGUCACAUUCGUAAUGACUUGGAAUUGAACACGCUCCGCAAAAUCGGUGCGACACAGUCCAUCGCAAACUUUACCUGGCAGUCCACCCCGUUCCUUGUCUCUUGCUCUACAUUUACUGUCUACGCCUUGACUCAAGACAAGCCUCUCACCACCGACGUGGUGUUUCCGGCCUUGACGCUCUUCAACCUGCUUACUUUCCCGCUCUCUAUCCUUCCAAUGGUCAUCACGGCUGUCAUUGAGGCCUCGGUGGCUGUCAAGCGUCUAACGGAUUAUUUUACCGCGGAGGAAUUGCAAACUGACGCUGUUAAGAUUGAGGAUACCGUUUCUCAUAUCGGCGACGAGUCUGUCAGAAUUCAGGAUGCUUCCUUUACGUGGAAUAGGUACGAAGGCACGCACGUGAUUGAAAAUAUCAGCUUCAGUGCCCGUAAGGGUGAGCUCAGCUGCAUUGUCGGGAGAGUCGGGGCUGGUAAAUCUUCUUUGCUUCAGUCACUGCUGGGAGAUUUGUGGAGGACCGAAGGUGAAGUCGUUGUCCGAGGUCGCAUUGCCUAUGUUGCCCAAUCGCCCUGGGUCAUGAACGCAAGCGUCCGUGAAAACAUCGUUUUUGGCCAUCGCUGGGACCCUCAAUUCUACGACCUUACCGUUGAGGCAUGUGCUCUGCUGGACGAUUUCAAGAAUCUGCCCGAUGGUGAUCAAACUGAAGUUGGUGAAAGAGGAAUCUCGCUAUCUGGAGGACAAAAGGCUCGGUUGACCCUCGCUCGAGCUGUCUAUGCUCGUGCCGACAUCUACCUGCUUGACGAUGUGCUCUCCGCAGUCGAUCAACACGUGGGAAGACAUCUCAUCAAUAGGGUUCUUGGCCAAAAUGGUAUACUGAGCACCAAGACCAGGAUCCUCGCGACGAAUGCCAUUCCUGUUUUGAAGGAGGCUGAUUACAUCGGCCUGCUGCGCAAUAAGACAAUCAUCGAGAGCGGGACCUAUGAACAAUUGCUGGCUAUGAAGGGAGAGGUCGCGAACCUGAUUCGUACCACGAUGAACGAUUCGGACGACGACGAGGAGUCUGGCACCGAAAGCCGUGACCUAGCGAGCCCUGAAAGCUCUGAAUCUGUCACUGUGAUUGAUAACGCAGAGUCUGAUUCGGAUCCCGAGGAUGCUGAGCGAGAAAUAGGUGCGCUUGCUCCGAUUAGGGCUGCUGGUGGUAGAAGGUCAAGCACUGUAACUCUGCGACGCGCGAGCACCGCUAGCUGGAAGGGCCCUAGGCGGAAGCUAGGAGACGAAGAAAACGUCCUGAAGAGCAAACAGACCCAAGAGACAUCGCAGCAAGGCAAAGUCAAGUGGAGUGUUUAUGGCGAGUACGCUAAAAACAGUAACAUCGUUGCCGUUUGUUUCUACCUGGCCGCCCUGCUGGGAGCUCAGACUGCGCAGGUCUCAGGCAGUUUUUGGCUUAAACACUGGUCUGAGGUUACCGAAGCCCAGCCAGAUGUUCCUGUCGGCAAAUACAUUGGUAUCUACUUGGCCUUUGGUCUGGGAUCGUCCCUUCUGGUCAUCCUUCAGAAUCUGAUAUUGUGGAUUUUCUGUUCUAUCGAGGCCUCCCGCAAACUUCAUGAACGCAUGGCAUUCGCCAUCUUCCGUUCUCCCAUGAGCUUCUUCGAGACAACACCAUCCGGCCGGAUUCUCAACCGAUUCUCGAGCGACGUCUAUCGUAUUGACGAAGUGCUUGCACGGACCUUCAACAUGUUGUUCGGUAACUCUGCCAAAGCCAUGUUCACCAUGAUUGUUAUCGCUUCCUCAACCCCGGCCUUCCUCAUCCUGGUGAUUCCGUUGAGCUACGUAUAUUUCAGCUACCAAAAGUACUACCUCCGCACAUCGCGUGAACUGAAGCGCUUGGACAGCGUCACGCGCAGUCCUAUCUACGCGCACUUCCAGGAGUCUCUGGGCGGUAUUUCGACGAUUCGUGCCUAUAGACAGGAAGAGCGCUUUACUUUGGAGAACGAGUGGCGAAUGGAUGCGAAUGUGCGUGCAUACUUCCCAUCCAUCAGUGCCAACCGUUGGCUGGCUGUGCGUCUCGAGUUCAUUGGCUCUGUAAUCAUUCUGGCCUCCGCGGUACUUUCUAUCGUUUCCGUAGCGACCGGCAGUGGGCUAUCUGCUGGCAUGGUUGGUCUAGCCAUGUCCUACGCUCUACAGAUUACCCAAUCCCUGAACUGGAUCGUUCGCCAAACGGUUGAGGUUGAGACAAACAUCGUGUCGGUCGAGCGUGUGCUAGAGUACGCAAGCCUGCCCAGCGAGGCACCAGAGGUGAUUUUCAAGCAUCGGCCUGCUAUUGGGUGGCCCGCGCAAGGCGCGGUAUCGUUCAACAACUACAGCACACGUUACCGCCCAGGGCUUGAUCUCGUGCUCAAAGAUAUCAAUCUUGAUAUCAAGCCCCACGAGAAGAUCGGCGUGGUUGGUCGCACAGGUGCAGGCAAGAGUUCACUGACUCUGGCACUGUUCCGCAUUAUUGAGCCGGACAAUGGCAGCAUCAGCAUCGACGGGCUGAACGUGUCGACCAUUGGCCUUUUCGACCUGCGGGGCCGCCUUGCCAUCAUCCCUCAGGAUCCGGCCAUGUUUGAAGGAACCGUACGGGAUAAUUUGGACCCACGACAUGUGCAUGAUGACACCGAACUCUGGAGCGUGCUUGAACAUGCGCGACUUAAAGAUCAUGUCGCGCAAAUGGACGGUCAGUUGGAUGCCCAAAUUCAGGAAGGAGGAUCCAAUCUCAGUCAAGGGCAGCGCCAGCUGGUUUCCCUGGCGCGAGCGCUGUUGACGCCUAGUAAUAUUCUUGUGCUGGACGAGGCAACGGCGGCAGUGGAUGUGGAAACGGACGCAUUGCUGCAACGCACGUUGCGCAGCAGCAUCUUCCAAGACCGGACGAUCAUCACUAUCGCGCACCGUAUCAAUACCAUUAUCGAUUCUGAUCGAAUCGUGGUGCUCGACAAGGGCCGGGUGGUCGAGUUCGACUCGCCCGCGGAGCUCAUCAAGCGCGAAGGCCGGUUUUACGAGCUGGUCAAAGAGGCCGGACUCCUUGACAACAGCGACGGGCCUGGAGCUACGCAACAAUCCUAG